UCAUUAGAAUUUUUCUUAAUGUUACUCCCAAAACAUGCCUCCACAUAAAAAUGUCAGAAUAUGCUAUUUAAAGAUGAAAGUAAAACGUAAAAAAACUUUAUGACCUUGACACACACACAGUUUUUCUUGUCACAUGACAACAAAAUGACCUCCUGCAUGUAUGCUACAAGAACUUUGAAUUAUUGGAUAAAACAUAUUCAGAUAUUUAUAAGAUUUUAAAACAAAGUUGUUCCAGGACUUACUUUUAGUCUUUAAUGAUCUCUGGACAGUUACACCACCUAGACAUAUUUUAACACUUUUUAUUCCUAAGCUGAGAACAUGUUUAGUAUUCUGCAUGAUUUCAUUGACCCCAUUACAGCAGAACUAAGUCCAGGGCCCUUCUUAAGAUUCCUCCUUUCAUAAUCCUCUACUUUCUAAAAACUGUGUGCUUUGGAGACUUGAUUUAGCCUGCAAAGUUUGUUGGUUCAUUAAUUUUUUUGGAGCAUAAAAUAGGGUCAUUAUAGUGUUGGAGUUCUGAAUGCAUUGAAUUCCAUAAAAUGAUAUUUUUAUUUUAUUAAUGGAUUUAUUUAGAACUCCACUUUUAUUUUGUUCUAAUCAUAUCAUAUCUAAUAAUAAUCACAUUAUUCAAAAUAUUAUUGAAGGAAUUUUUCUGUUACAUGAUAAGAUGUCCUGAAAUGUCUUUGAUUUUCAGGUGCAACCAUGGAGGGCCUUGUCUGAGGUGGAUUCAUCAUAGUACUCCUGUUUGACAUCUGAAUUAGCAUAACAUUUGAGUAGCAGUCAUGACUGAGAGGGCAAACUUCGGAGCUCAGAAGGUCUCACGGCCACAGGGCUCACUCCCGCCAGAACCUAUCGACAUUAUCCGGACAAAAGCCAGAUCCAGAAGAGUCCGGAUCAAUGUGGGUGGACUGGUCCAUGAGGUGCUAUGGAGAACCCUGGACCGACUGCCACGAACCCGUCUGGGGAAACUCAGAGACUGCAAUACCCAUGAAACCUUAAUGGAGAUCUGUGACGACUACAGUCUAAAUGAUAAUGAGUAUUUCUUUGACAGGCACCCAGGUGCCUUUUCCUCCAUUUUAAACUUUUACCGGACUGGCAAGCUACACAUGAUGGAAGAGAUGUGCGCUCUGUCCUUUGGUCAGGAGCUUGACUACUGGGGCAUCGAUGAGAUCUAUCUGGAGUCGUGUUGCCAGGCACGGUACCAUCAGAAGAAGGAGCAGAUGAAUGAAGAGCUUAGGAGAGAGGCUGAAACUCUCAGGGAGAAGGAAGGAGAUCAGGUGGAAACGGGCUGCUGUCCAGACAAAAGGCAGAAGCUCUGGGAUUUGCUGGAGAAACCGAGCUCUUCUGUAGCGGCCAAGAUUCUGGCCAUAAUAUCAAUUCUGUUCAUCAUUCUUUCAACCAUUGCACUGUCACUGAACACCCUGCCUGAGUUACAAGUGAUUGAUGAAUUCGGACAAUCCAACGACAACCCGAACCUGGCCCACGUUGAAGCCGUUUGCAUCGCCUGGUUCACUAUGGAGUACCUUCUCCGCUUUUUGUCUUCUCCCAACAAGUGGAAGUUCUUCAAAGGGCCACUGAAUGUCAUUGAUCUGCUGGCUAUCCUUCCUUAUUACGUCACAAUAUUCCUCACAGAAUCCAACAAGAGUGUCCUCCAGUUUCAGAAUGUGCGCAGGGUAGUUCAGAUCUUCCGGAUCAUGAGAAUCCUGAGAAUUCUGAAACUCGCGAGACACUCGACUGGUCUCCAGUCUCUUGGGUUCACGCUGAGAAGAAGCUAUAAUGAACUCGGACUGCUGAUAUUGUUUUUAGCCAUGGGCAUCAUGAUCUUCUCCAGUCUGGUGUUCUUUGCUGAGAAAGAUGAAGAUGCUACGAAAUUCACCAGUAUUCCCGCUUCAUUCUGGUGGGCAACAAUUACUAUGACAACUGUAGGUUAUGGAGAUAUCUAUCCCCAAACCCUUCUGGGAAAAAUAGUGGGGGGUCUCUGUUGCAUCGCUGGAGUGUUAGUGAUCGCUCUGCCCAUUCCCAUUAUUGUGAACAACUUCUCUGAGUUCUACAAAGAACAGAAGCGACAAGAAAAGGCUAUCAAACGAAGAGAAGCACUUGAGAGGGCCAAGAGGAACGGAAGCAUUGUGUCGAUGAACUUGAAAGAUGCCUUCGCUCGCAAUAUGGAACUAUUGGAUGUUGUGAUAGAAAAAAAUGAGGACAAGGGCGCAGACAAUCAUCUUUCACCAAGUCGCUGGAACUAUCAGAAGAACCCAAACUCUGACUUGAGUUCCAAAGGCUAUGACGCAAAAUAUCAAGAAAUAGGUCAGCUGGCUUCUCCAGAACGAUUAAUCAAACCUACUUCAAGCCCUCAACGUCUGAACGCGAAAUCCCUCGAGCAAAUGUACAACCAGAUGACGGCCGCCUCAUCCAUGAGCAGCAGCGGACCUUCGGCUUCCAAAGCGAGCACUAUUGUAAAAGAAGAAGAGAUGGAGAUGAAGGUAGUGCAGUGCGAAUCACGGCACAAAGAGAGACCCAUCACUGAGAUAAGAAGCCUGUCCAGCGUUGACAGUUUCGCCAGCUGUGCCACAGACGUCAGUGAGGUAGAGAGAAGCGCGCUCCUGCCAAAUUUCGCAGGAGCGCAGACGAGGCAUCCACGCGCUCCUCCGCCGCUCGACCUUAGCCAGAUCACCUCCCUGGAGAAACGGGCUCCUGAGAAAGCAAAGCAGCCCCUGAUCAUCAAAGAGGGCCUCUAUGAGUUUGUUCAAUGCAAGUCAGACGGCAGCACCAUGUCGCAGGGUGAGGAGAACCAAAGCUUUGAUCCAAGCGGUGAAAACGUGAGGAGCCCUCCACAAGGAAACCAAGUCAAAGCCAAGGGACUCAAAGUGAACUUCACCGAAUCUGCAGACGAGGGGGCUUCCAACUUGCACUUAGUCGUGACGGAUGACGCAGCCACACUGACACCAAAGCUACCGGUAUCUGAUCCAUUACUGCUGCCGGGUUCUCCUCGGCACAGUCCCAGAUCCCCAGGGAAAGGCUUUGAAGGUGAAGGAGCCACAAGCUCUCCAGGGUUCUGCCUGUCGUCUUCCGAUAGCCAAAGAGGGAGAAACCACAUCGAUAGAGCUGCCGUUACUCCCACCUCCCCUAAAAGUGCACAAAACUGUGCUUCUGCCACGGUUGGUGCCAUUGGAGCAGAAGACAACAUUCAAAGUGGACAGAAGGUGGACAACCACCUCCUUUCACCUGAUAUUCUCAAGUCUUCAGGGGAGGGAGGUCGCUCACCACCGUGUGAAACUAGCAUGUGAUGGGUUGCAUUAACAUGUUCACGUUCACAGAACGAAUGCAUCAAAGUAUGUGGACAGAAGGAGGCAUACUGAUGUAGUGAAGGGGAUUUUCUUUUGUCUUUCUUCGACACUAUUGGACUGCAUAGCCGCAGAGAUUGACUUUAUGAUCCUGAGAGAGAAGGUCUGCUCUCAGCGUCAAGAGCUGAGUGAUAUUCAUACAGAGGGAGGACAUUAAAAAACAAAUCCAUACUCUUAUUAUUCUAUCAUUAUUUUGUAACAGUACAACCCUCCAUGCGAAGGAUUAGUUAGCUGAAUCGUAUAUCUUUCAAAUCAUAGGCUGAUUCAGACAACUGUGAUAAGAUACCACAAAUCGUUCUUUGUCAUUUACAGCCCACUGAGCAGAUGUUGUGCAUACUUAUUUUUUAAGACUAACCACUGUAACAUUUUUGUUGGGUUUGUUUAAUAGUUCUGACCAAAGUGCUACUAGUGUAAAUUUAACUUCAGCAUUUAACUUGAAAUAAUAUUUUUGACCAAAAUAUGCCUUCAUUUGAUAUUAUCCCUCAGUGGUCAUAUAUGAAGCAACACAAAUUUUUCAGUUCUCUCUGCAAAUGUGGAUCAAAUCAAAUUCCUUUUUUUUUUUUCUUUUACCAUCCCUUUGAGAAAGUAAUAGAAAAGGAAAAACGUACCAAAAUAUAACACGACAGUACUAAAUAUUCUGAUAUCUAUACGAGCAUGUCUGUUUCAGCGAAACACAGGUUCAAGUGUUUCCAUUUGCAUCACUUUAUAGUUGAGCCAUAGUCUACUUAGAAAUACAUACAUUCUUGAAAUAAAUAGUUUUAGCAUGGUUACUGCGGUGGCGACUCUCCACAUCAGUGAAUCUGAAAAACUGUAUGUAAAGAUCAUUGUUUUUAAAUUGCCUUCAAUUCAGAAUCAGCUAAGGGAAACCCAUGACGGCCAUAGUAAAUCAACUAUGCCCUCUGCUGGAUGAAGGAAACGGCACUUUACUUCUACGAGACGUCAGCUUGACCAGAUGGGAAUAUUGUACAUCAAAGAAUGUCAUUUUAACGUUUCUCUCAAGGUGCAAUGCACUUGCCCCGAGAACAAGAAGGUCAUUGGAUGUCAACAGCUCAAUGCAGAACCUUGAGUAUAUGAUUUGUAUAUUAACUGUACAUUCAAGACAUUAUCGGCUACAACCAUUUAGUGUAUAGAAACACAGGUACACAAGUUGUGAUGUCAAUCAUAUUUAAAUGAUUUUUAAAACAAAACUAGGCAGGAACACAACCCUGCUUUAAUUAUUCAAAUCGGUGCCUUUUCAUAAACAGUCAUUUAUGAGAAGGCGUUAAGAUCUUUGGUUUGGUUCAGACAAGUAUGUACAUAAAGUCCUAAUUUUUAUAGAGUAAAAUAUGCAAAUAUAAUUGAGUUCUCAGGUUUUUUUAAUGUAAUCUUAAAGCCCUAAUGUUUCUGUAUGUGAAAUUCAUGGUUUGCCAUUAUCAAAUCAAAAGGUGAUGGAACAGAGCACUGAACAUAACUAAAGCGCUGCAUGAUCAUCUACUUGCACAAGCAUUGAGCAGAUUUAUCUUUAAUACAACUUGACUAUUGUAUGUACAUUCCAAUUUCAUUUCUGCAUAUUUUUUUUUCCCCCCAUUAAGUUUGGAACCUAGUUGAUAUAUCAAUGUGAUAUUGUUUAUAGUUGUACAUCUUUUCUUUGAAAUAGUGACUGCAUUGUUCCAGAAACCUAGAAAUGACCAUUAAAUAAAAUAAAUGUUUGUACAGGACACUACGAGCACAUUCUUUACAGUUAAAACAUCAGUAGACCUCCAACCUCAUCCUUACAUUGUUUAAAGGUGAGACGCUUCA